GCCCAUGCUCCGUCGGCCUUGGUCCGAGUGGUAGACUCCAGAGGUGCUCACAGACACAUAAUGUCAAUAGUCCGUUCAUCUGUCCACGCCAAAUGGGUUGUGGGGAAGGUGAUUGGUACGGCAAUGGUAAAAACUGCUAAAGUAAGAGCGACCAGACUUGUGUUGGAUCCCUACUUACUGAAGUACUUUAAUAAGCGGAAAACCUACUUUGCUCACGAUGCCCUCCAGCAGUGCAGCGUCGGGGACAUCGUGCUCCUCAGAGCUUUGCCCGUCCCACGAUCAAAGCACGUGAAACACGAACUGGCUGAGAUCGUCUUCAAAGUCGGCCGAGUUAUCGACCCGAUCACUGGAAAGCCCUGUGCAGGAACCGCCUACCUAGAGAGCCCCCUCCUUUCAGAAGCCACCCCCCUCAGCGAAACUCAGGAAGAGCUCAAGGUCUCCUGAACCUGGGGAAGAAGGAGCCAGCGGGAUUUCUGUCUGUGUUUGCUCAAUGGCGAUCAUUCCUGUCCAGUUUCUCCUGUGACUUAGAAGUAGCAAGCAAAGUAAAGAGCUUAGUGUUCCGUCACGGUCUGCAUCCUUUGUCAGAUUCUCUGAGCUGAACUUCCCGGUUACUCCGCGUCCUAAGUAUGCUGCAUCAUUUUGUAAGCUCACUGUCCUAGAUCGUGUGUAUUGUUUCCUUUGUUUUGCUUUGCUCACUCUCCUAGAUUGUAUGUAUUGUUUACUUUGUUUUGCUUAGCUCGAAGAAAUCUUGGACUUAGCACCUUUAUUUUAAAAGAAGAAAACCUUUUGAUAAUAACAUAAAAGACUAAAUUUAGUUUUGGUAGCUUAAUUUUUCAAAAGGUAUUGCGUGUGUCCACGAUGCCUGUGUGGGCACAGACAUGCCACCGCACACUGUGUGAGCCAGAGGACAGCUUUGUGGAGUCCGCUCUCCCUUCACUCUUACAGGGUUUCUCACACGCAGAUGGCCAGGUUUGCACAGCUAGCGCCGGCACCCACUGAGCACCCUGCUGGCACUGAGUAUAAAUGGUUCAUAUUCAAAGUAAAUUAAAUUUGGGCUGUUUUGCUGUAUUUUGGGAGACAGGGUUUUUCUGUAUGGCCUUGGCUGUGCUGAAACUUGCCCUGUAGACCAGGCUGGCCUCCAAAUCACAGAGACUUACCUGCUUCUGCCACUGAAGUGCUGGCAUUAAAGGUGUUUGCCACCACUGUCACUAGUACAUUUAAUUGUUUUGCCUCUGAUUUCACCAACUCCCAAGGGGAAAUGUUUUAAAUGCUGUAAAGAUUUUUUACUGCAGAAACUUUGGCCUAUAUAUUUCAUUUUUUCUGACUCCUAGAAGGAGACUUGGGAUAUAUUUCAACUUGAGCUAAUAUCUGUUAUCUGUGUGUUUGUUUAGUUGUUUUCAAAUUGUGUCUCAGUAUAUAAAGCCCAGGUGAGCCGUGAA